AUGAUAUCUGAAAGUGAUGAAACGAAAAUUCCCAUCCUACCAAGUUCAACAUUUGCUUAUAAAGUAUAUUCGAGUAGAUUUUAUGUUCUAUUUGUUUUUUCAUUGCUUGCUUUCAAUCAAUGUACUAUAUGGUUAACAUUUUCUCCAAUUGCAAGAAACACAGAAAAUUAUUAUAAUAUAACUGAAGCAACUGUUGAUCUUCUUCUCAAUUGGGGACCUAUAAUUUUUAUUCCAUGUUUACCAUUAACUUCAAUUUUAUUGAAUCAACCUAAUGGUUUACGGUAUUGUGUUAUUGUACUUGCAGUUACUGAUUUUUUAGCAGCACUUUCUCGUGUGCUUCCAUCAGUUAUUAUAACAUCAUCAUCAGACCUAAAUUUUAAUAAGGUUGCAUUACCAUUUAUACAUAUUGGUCAGAUAUUAAAUGCUGCUUGUGGUCCAUUAGUUAUGGCACCUGUUUCACAACUUUCAUGUCUUUGGUUUGCACCACAUGAACGAACACGUGCAACAACAAUAGCUAUAUUUGCAAAUAAUUUUGGUGCAACAAUUGGUUUUGUUAUUAAUCCAUUCAUUGUUGCCUUACCUGAACAUGUACCUCGUCUACUCUAUAUUCAUUUAGGUCUUGCAUUUAUUGCUUGUGUUCUUGCUCUACUUUAUUUUCCUUCAAAACCACCAUCAGCACCUUCAGCUGCUGCUGAAUUACUUAUUCUUGAUCCAACAAAUAAUGAAAAUAAUCAUAAUUGGCGAAUAUUUUAA